AGUGACUUUAGAAUAGUCAUAUGCGUACUCUAUCUACUGGUAGAAAUGGCAAAUAUCGUGUGGAGUGUCGACACUUCAUUUUCCCUCUCCCCUCUGCGUAAUAUACAUAUAUAUGUAUACACCUCUAUAUACGUGUAUCUAAAUCCCGAAACGAAAAAAAAUCGGCAGAUGGCUCAAGAUCUAUGUUGAUGAUUAAUAAUCCCCACGAGUCUCAGAAAUUAAUGGUAGCCGAGUGGUGGACAAAGAGCGAAGAAACAACGAACGGUGGAGUUUAGCGACGACGAGUAGCGACGAAGAAAGCGGUAGAAGCAUUAGCAGUAAGUUCCGAGGUGCCAAGAAAUAGUGGAGUAUCGCGGUCGCGCGGCACAGCGCCCGACCGGGAUCGUUCCGAUCGCUAAUCGAAUUUAUCAUCUCGGCGUCGCGCGCGAACCGAACAAACAAGCGAGCGAGCGAGAGAGAGUGAGCGAGCGAGCGAACAAACGUGCAAAGUAUAGAGAGGAAGAGCGAAUGAGAGAGGCUGCCCGUCUCCGUCUCGUGCGCGUCAGAGUAGCUCAUAAUAUGGCGUUUGUUUCGGUGCACGUUAUCGCAUCGCCGCGAGACACCGCCAUCCGCCGCAGCUGAAUCGGUCCGAAUUUCGGCUGCCCGCUAACGUCGAUACGACACGCACUUGGUGGACAGGAAACGGUGGACGGUCGCGCUUCGGAUGCUCCGGAGGCCGCGGCAUCCACGUCGUGAGCGCGCGCGGCGCGCAGCCGCUCGUCACCGACGGGCACGAGGAUAGAUUGCGUCAUUAUCGUCUGUAUCAUCCUGCGAUGCCGAAGAGGAUCCACGAGACGCGCGCACAAUGACGUCCCGCAGUUACACCAAGUCUUACAGCCGCAAGGUCAGCAGUGUAACACCCGGCAGCAUUCAAUUCGACAAGCUCUUCCGCGAGAACAGCAAUCGCCCGUCCGCAGCCAAGUCCGCGGGCACCGUCGGCAAAUGGGGCAUAACAUCUUUUACUUCUAUCAGGAGCACGAAUAUCAAUGGGAGGAGAGAUGAUAUACAUAAUACUUUUGGCGCAAAGAGAAUGAAACUCGAUUAUGGGAAUCAGAAUCGCGUGAAUCCUGGAAAAGAUCCAUUUUCUUUCGAAACUGACCCGGACAAUAAAUCGGAGUCCGCGGUUGUCAAGCCGAAGAAAUUCUUCAAGAGCCGAAAUGUCCCGCCUGUGAUCGAAGAAUCUCGCCAGGAUGUGGCAAUCUACAGACAAGUACCUGAUUCGCAAUAUGGGAGGGCUCGUGCCCCGAAACAACCUUCACAGCAGCAGCAGCAGCAGCAGCAACAACAACAACAACAACAACAACAACAGCAGCAGCAGCAGCAGCAGCAGCAGCAGCAGCAGCAGCAACAGCAGGCCGUAACAAAAGUGUCACAUGCUUCAAUUAAGAAAGUAGUAGAAAGUUUAGAUAGCACCGGUACGCCCGACACUUCCAAUCGGGAGGAGAGCAAACCACCGAUCGUACUGAGAAUAUGCAAAGGUACGGCGCGAUUGGUUUGCGGGGACGUGCAUCAGGACACUCAGGAUCUCGAACCUGAUACCUAUAGGAUUUCUACUCCCCUCGCUAGUCCCUCGAAGGUGGAUAUUGAACGUAAGACCUUCAAUACGGAAUCGUCGCUCAAGUCCGAUCAUAGAUCCUUACGUGCGCAUCAACCUGUUGUCUCCACUGUAUCGAUCCCAUUGGAUAAUUCGGAUAUGCGACGGACAACACGUAGUCGCGCUAAGAAUUUGCACUUGGAUUCAACGGCGAUGACUUCCGUUGUGACGCCGUCGACGACGCCGAUUACUUCCAACUCCCAUGGUUCCGGCCUCUCCUUGACGCUGAGAAAAUCAGUGACGGAUUCCAAUAAUACACUUAUCUCCCAUUACGACAUCGUUAAGACUGACUGCAGCUCAACGUAUUCCUCGAAACCAACUAUCGAGCCGUUGAUCGGACGCGAUCAGCCACUGCCAACUACAACUCAAGAGCUGAUCGAUAUAUUAUCAAGUGAUUCCGACACGAGACCACAACCACCACCACCACCAUCACCAUCACCACCAUCACCAUCACUCUCACCACCAUCAUCACCAUUAUCACCAGUAGCACCACCGACAUUAGCCACCGGUACUGAUGACAAUGAUAAUGACAAUGACAAUACGGAGAAUACAGAAGACACAACAUCAGAAAGUAUCGUAAAUCAAAUUGAACAACAUUGCUCUAUAGACAUCCCUGUCAAUGAAGCUGUGACCGAACCCGUCACGAUCACGCAACAAUUCGAGCCUGAACCAGAAGCAGAACUUGAUCCUGAAUUGGAGCCAGAACUACUAACCCGUGGAACAACUGAUACCAUCGCCACCGUCGAGAUCGCAGCCAAGACCUUGGUGGAUCAAGAUUGGUUUUCAAGCAGUGACAGUGAAGGUGCUAGUGGAAACGCCGAGAGUGAAAUACCACUGCACGUGACGAGCACGGUUUCGGAAUUGCAGACUUCGGACCCACCAUCGACUAGUAUUUCGUCGACCAAGCCCGCUGCUAAGAAAGGCAGUAUCUUUAAGAGCCGUUCGACGGGCGCGACGAAUGGGAACAAGAGGCGAGCGUUGUACAAACACAAAUGGUGCGACAGUGAUAAGGAAUCCACUGCUACGGAUACACCUAACACUGGCAACAGCACGCCGACCACUGCGUCCGGUUCCAGCAGUGCUGGACCAGUGGCAUACGAGGAAGAGUUUGAACCUUCGCAGUUGACAAGGGUUGUGACUUAUCCUACGACCGAUGUGGAUUUCGAGGACGAAGCUGAUGCGGUCACGAGCAUUCGCUGUGGCAAAAAAGUUAAAGGAUUUUAUACUGUAGUAAAGAAUGUAAAGAAAGCCCAUCAGAUACAAGAAAGUGGAGAAUUCCAGGAGUUUAAUGACGAUGUGGAAUAUAUCUUGGAUACUUUGAGAGAAAAUAAUCCAAAUGCUACUCGUUGCCUUUCAGCCAUACGAUUAGCAAGCAAGUGUAUGGCUCCUGCAUUUCGUAUGCACGUGCGUGCUCAUGGAACUGUUGCCAAGUUUUUUAAAGCUCUUCAUGAUGCAACUAAAGAUCAGAGUCUUGGUCUAUGCACAGCUACAGUAAUGUUUGUAUUAAGUCAAGAUCGUCUUGCUAUGGAUCUUGAUCGCGAUUGUUUGGAAUUAAUGUUAAGUCUGUUAGAAUCUGAUGCCAGCCAUAAAGAUGCUCUUGAUGAUUGUGGUCUCAGUCAUGCUGAAUUAUUGAAAAAUAAAGAAAAAGUACGUCAGUUAUGUGCUGAUAUACAAGCUCAAGGACAUGCUAAGCAUCUAAAUUUAGAUAAUAUCACCGUUGGUCAGCUCGCUAUGGAGACACUUUUGAGUCUUACGUCAAAACGCGCUGGAGAAUGGUUCAAAGAAGAAUUACGAGGAUUAGGUGGCUUGGAACAUAUUGUAAAGACAAUUCGAGAAUGUCACCGUCAUAUUAACAGCCAAAAUGUUUUAAGAUCUGGCUGGACAGAUCCUUUAUUAGACAAAUUACGUAAAGUUGACAGAUGUUUACGCGUUUUAGAAAAUGUAACACAUAUGAACGAAGAGAAUCAGGCAUAUUUAUUAAAAUAUGAAAAUGGAGUAUUAGUAAGCACGUUAGCUAGUUUAUAUCACUUAUGUGGACAGGAGAUUCCUGUUUAUCCAACAACUGAUCCAAGCGAUAAAAGUUCCACUGGUGCUGUUGUAAGAGAAUGUCUUUUUGCAAUUAUUAAAGUUCUCAUCAAUCUUACUCAUCGGUUUAACAGACAAUCCUUCGGCAGCAGAUCAGUUGGCGCACAAGUUGGCGUUUUGGAUUGUAGUUUGUUUCUUUUAUUACGCGUGCCUGAAUCACUCCCAGAAGAAAAACGAUUUGAUAUGAUGAUGUUGGCAUUAAUUCUGUUGAUAAAUUUAGUAGAGCAAUGCGACGAUAACAAGCAACUUCUUAUUAACUCGAAGGCACCUCCAUCAUUAGAAGAUAUUUUCGAUGCGGAGGAAAGCGGCGUAGCGUCUCUGAUUGAUUUAUUUUAUAAGCAAGAGGAACUCGCGCGGGCCGAGGAACAGAAAACUGACGCGAUUUUAGACGGAAAGAAAGAUUCUGAGCAAACAGAAAGAGUAUCGAGCACCUCUAAAUCUCAGGAAGAAUUUAUCGAAGAGACCGUUACGAAAUUGUUACAGAAAGCUGGACGACAUAUGGAGCAUACACUAAUCGGAGCAUAUGUAGUAUUGUUACUUGGAUACUUAAUAAUGGAUAACAAGGAGUACGAGUCGCUAGUACGAAGUAGAUUACCAGACAAGAACUUCGCCACUAUGGUAUCUGUACUUCAAAAAUUCUUCAACUUCAUGAAUCUGACGGCAUCGAACGAAGUGAGUAGUUGCGGAAUCGCCGCUACUGAGAAGGUAAUCAAGUUCCUAAAGAUGUCGGAUGCUAGAAUCGAAGAGGAGAAGAAUGAGUUACCAUUGCCAGCGUUAGAAGACACCAACACGAUGCUUGACUUAACUUCAUCUUGAUCGAUAUGUUAUGCACACAUCUGACAGCAUUUCUUUCAUCUGGCGUACACAAAGAGCCAAAGUUGUAUUUUUUGUCCAACAGAAACAAAAUCUUUUUAUUAUAAUAUGAAUGAACCUGUUUCAUAUUCGUAUAUUUUGAUACAUAUUUAUUCAUUUACGUAAUUUAUUGUAGGUCUCAUUAUUAUUAUUAAUUAUGAUAUGAUUCGACUUAUUUCCUUAUUUACGAUUGUGGAAGCUCUAGCUUAUAUUCUAGUUUAAGUAAAAUAAAAUAGGAUAACUUUGAAUUUACGUACAGAAACACAUCUUGUAUAAUUACAGGGCACUUAUCGCAAUUAUAUCGUUACUAUUUACACGAUAUCACGAUAAUUAUUCGAUUUAACGAGCAGCCACCUUUUUUUAAAGAGAGACUGCCAAGAAGAAUAAUUGAUGCGAUAAGCUUCUUGCCAGCCUACCUGAUUCACUUUCUGUAUAUGAGAUCUUAAAAUUGUACAAUCGAUUUUUAAAAUAAAGUAUCUAAUGCGUUUUAAAACUUUUAAGUGAUCGAGAGCAUUGAUCAUUGUACAUUGUAACCGGCUCGAAAUUCAACAGCGUUUUUUUUCUUUCCUUUUUUU